AUGUUAAAAUUAUUAUUAUUUAUAUUAUUUUUAAUACCUUUAUGUUUAAAUAAAAAAUUAUAUUGACUGGUACAAUAUUUAUUAUUUUUUAGAUUUUUUUUAUUUAUAUUAGAUAGAAUAAAAAGAUUUCAUUGAAUAAAGUUAAGUUAUUAUUUUGGAGUGGAUUUUUUAUCUUACGGAUUAAUUUUAUUAAGAAUUUGAAUUACAGGGUUAAUAAUAAUAGCAAGAGAAAAAGUUUAUUUAUUAAAUAAACAAGAAAAAUUAUUUAUAUUUAUAUUAAUAAUUUUAUUAUUAUUAUUAUUAUUAACUUUUUCAACAAUAAAUAUUUUUAUAUUUUAUUUAUUUUUUGAAGGGUCUUUAAUUCCAACUUUAUUUUUAGUUUUAGGGUGAGGGUAUCAGCCAGAGCGACUGCAGGCUGGGAUUUAUUUAUUAUUUUAUACAUUAUUGGCUUCUUUACCUUUAUUAUUGAGUAUUUUUUACUUAUAUAUAAAUUUUAAUUCAUUAGAUUAUUUUUUUUAUAAUAUUAGAGAUAUAUUUAAUGUUUAUAUUUAUUUAAGAUUAAUUUUAGCUUUUUUAGUUAAAAUACCUAUAUUUUUAGUACAUUUAUGAUUACCAAAAGCUCAUGUUGAAGCUCCAAUUGCAGGAUCUAUAAUUUUAGCUGGGGUAUUAUUAAAAUUAGGGGGUUAUGGAUUAAUUCGAAUAUUUAUGAUUAUUCAAUAUUUAAGCGUACAAUUAAAUUUUUUAUUAAUAAGAAUUAGAUUAGUCGGGGGUAGAUUGGUAUGUUUUUUAUGUUUAUGUCAGACUGAUAUAAAAUCUUUAAUUGCGUAUUCUUCUGUUGUUCAUAUGGGGAUUGUAAUCGGGGGAAUUUUGACAAUAACGUAUUGAGGAUAUGCUGGGGCUUAUGGGUUAAUAAUUGCUCAUGGUUUAUGUUCUUCAGGGAUAUUUUGUUUAGCAAAUAUUGUUUAUGAACGAUCCGGUAGACGAAGAUUAUUAAUUAAUCGAGGGUUAUUGACUUUAAUACCAAGACUUACUUUAUGAUGAUUUUUAAUAAGAUCAAUAAAUAUAGCAGCUCCGCCAUCAUUAAAUUUAUUAAGAGAAAUUAGAUUAUUAAACAGAAUUGUUAUAUGAUCUUGAGUAAGAAUAUUAAGAUUAUUUUUUAUUUCUUUUUUAGGGGCUGCAUAUACUUUAUAUUUAUAUGCAUAUAGUCAGCAUGGUAAAUUUAUAAUUUAUUAUGGAAUAUCUGUUAGAGUAGUUCGUGAAUAUUUGUUAUUAUUUUUACAUUGAUUACCUUUAAAUUUAUUAAUUUUUAAAGUAGAUUAUUUUUUUUUAAUAU